UUUUCUGUGUAUAUGUAUUGGAGGCGUGUGAUAUGAGUUUUAAAUUUCUGGUUCGCAAUUUGGCAGCGUUCUCAAGGUAUGUAUGAGUUUCUAGGGACCUCUCAUUCCAUAACCACUUGAACCAAAACUCUUUCUUUCCAUCUAAAGAGUUACCAUAACCACUUGAACCACAACACCCAAUUUCGGAUUUCCGGCAAAUUAAGAUCAGAGGUUUUGAUAAUUUAUAGAAGCUGUCGAUGGCUGCAACUAAUCAGCCUGUUCCCUCCUCUGGGAUGGUCUCGUUAUGCCGUCCCUUGAGUUUCAUUCAUACGGUCCAUGUAUCAUUCAUUAACAUGGACUCUCACAGAUGGAGUCGACAAAGGCGAAAAGCUAGAGCGUUGACACUUUCAGCAUUAGUGGAGGCUAAUACAACAGCACUGCCUUCUAUUAGUGAAGGGACUAGCAAGAAGAGCAGCAGUAACUAUGACGCACUGCAAGUCACUGUUGCCAGACCGAGAAAUCUUGCUGAUGAUAUGCAAGCUGAAGCAAGAGCCAUGACCAGAGCAGCCGCUGCUUCUGUGUACACUCCGGAGAUGCUCGCUACUAAAUAUGGCUCACGUCCCAUCCGGGUCUUGCGCAGGACCUCAGAAAUAUUAUUCGGUUUGGGUUCCUUUGCUUUCAAGCUCUUGCUGGAUAAUUGGAAUGGUCAGAUCAAUCUAAACAAAUCCUUGCGAGCAGUGCAGCUGAGGAAAAUUUUCACUGGAUUGGGACCUACUUUCGUCAAAAUUGGCCAGGGCUUAUCCACGAGGCCUGAUUUGUGCCCACCUGAGUACCUUGAGGAACUCUCGCAGCUUCAGGAUGCCUUGCCUACAUUUCCAAAUGUGGAGGCUUUCACAUGCAUCGAAAAAGAGUUAGGGUUUCCACUUGAAGCCAUUUACUCAUCCAUAUCUCCAUAUCCAAUUGCGGCUGCCAGUUUGGGCCAGGUGUACAAAGCUCAGUUGAAGUAUUCUGGUCAGACUGUUGCUGUGAAGGUGCAGCGGCCUGGUAUUGAAGAGGCCAUAGGACUUGACUUUUACCUGAUAAGAGGACUGGCACUGUUUAUAAAUAAAUAUAUUGAUCUAGUCACAAGUGACGUUGUUGCUCUAGUUGAUGAAUUUGCCAGAAGAGUUUAUCAAGAGCUAAAUUAUGUUCAGGAGGGUAAAAAUGCAAGAAGAUUUAAGAAAUUGUAUGCUGACAAGGAAGAUGUUUUUGUUCCUGAUAUAUUCUGGGACUACACUGGUGCCAAAGUUUUAACAAUGGAAUGGGUUGAUGGUGUAAAGCUAAAUGAACAAAUUGCAAUUGAGAGACAAGGGCUCAAGGUGCUGGAUCUUGUUACCAUUGGUAUACAGUGUAGCCUUAGACAAUUACUUGAGUAUGGAUACUUUCAUGCAGAUCCACAUCCUGGCAAUCUUUUGGCGACACCUGAGGGAAAGCUUGCAUUCAUUGACUUUGGAAUGAUGAGUGAAACCCCAGAGCAAGCAAGGUUUGCAAUUAUUGGUCAUGUCGUCCACAUGGUUAAUCGUGAUUAUGAAGCCAUGGCUCGAGAUUAUUAUGCAUUAGAUUUCUUAACCCCCGAUGUGGAUGUCUCUCCUAUUGUGCCUGCCCUUCGAAGUUUCUUUGAUGAUGCACUCGAUGCUACUGUUAGUGAACUUAACUUUAAGACACUUGUCGAUGGUCUGGGGGCUGUCUUUUAUCAGUAUCCUUUCAAUGUUCCAGCAUAUUAUGCAUUGAUACUGAGGUCGCUUACUGUGUUGGAAGGUUUAGCACUCUAUGCUGACCCAAAUUUUAAGGUUCUGGCUGCUUCUUAUCCAUAUUUUGCUAAGAGACUUCUUACUGAUCCCAAUCCAUAUCUGAGAGAUGCUCUUAUUGAGUUGCUGUUCAAAGAUGGGAAGUUCAGGUGGAAUAGACUUGAGAACCUACUUGUUGAGGGACGUAAAGACAGGGACUUCUCUGCAAAAGAUGCUCUACAGCCUGUUCUGAAGCUAUUGUUGGGGCCGGGUGGCGAAGAGCUAAGGAUACUAGUUAUAAGGGAAACAGUUCGAGUUACUGAAGCAGUAAUUCUGGGCUCUUUGAUGGAUACAUACUCUUCUUUACCUGAUUUUAUGAGGGAUCUCGUAGCAAAUGGCACUCCAUCUGGACCUUUCUUGCUAAGUGAUGCUGAACAGAAAAGUAUGCUGGAACUUCGAGGACGAGUACUAAGGAUUUGGGCGCUUUUACAGUCUUCAACUAACUUUGAUCCUUCCUUUCUGCAACCUAUAUUACAGGUUCUUCAACAAGGUGAAGCACGUGAACUUGGGGGUCGUGUUCUUGGUGGCAUUGCUCAGCGUCUAGCAGCACGUUUUCUGCAGCAAGUCCUUCAGGCUCCAACUUCUACUUCAAGUAUUCAAGUGUAGAAGAAAGCAAGGUUACCUGCGAGUAUUACUACCAUUGUAACUUGUAAGUGGCAGAAAAUCCAUGCCUACCUUUGGCGGCAAACUUUGCGGUCGCGUGUAUGUGCUUACUUGAAUUAAGAGGUUGUAAGUAUCUGUAACUUCAAUGUAUAUUCGAUUCCACAAAUGCUGUAAAAAAAGGAGUAAAGUGUGUGCAUGAAGUCACAAAAACUGUAUAUAUACAAUAUACAUUUUUUUCUUUUA